AUUGUUUCUCUGAUGAUGUGUAAGUCCUCUUGGAGUCUCUCUUACUACUUCUUGAAGCUUUCCCUUACAACCCGACGUCCUGGGCAUCUUUGUUUUUCAUCUUUUUCCCAACAGAGGAAACAUGAUUUUGGAACUAAAACGAAGCGAAUUCCGCUAAUCAUCAACGAGAAAUCAAGUGGGGCACCGGCUGUUUCAGAUAUAUAUCGCUGCAAUGUGAGGAUUAGUGAUCUGGGUCGCCAUGGCAAAGUCAAGGAAGCAAGGAAACUGUUCGACGAAAUGCCCCAACGGAAUUCUUUUUCAUAUGCUUCAAUGAUCACUGUUUAUGUGAAAAAUAAUGAUCUUCCCGGAGCUGAAAGGCUCUUUAGGACAAUGCCUCCGAGGGAAAUUGUUUCCGAGUCUGCAAUGAUCAAUGCCUACGUGAAGGCCGGUCGGGUAGAUGAGGCUCGAAAAAUGUUUGAGGAAAUGGCUGAAAGAAAUGUGUUCUCUUGGACCAGUUUGAUAUCUGGGUAUUUCUGGAUUCGUCAAGUUGAAGAGGGUCGUAGGCUUUUUGAUCGAAUGCCCGUGAAGACUAUCGUAUCUUGGAUAACGGUGGUUCUGGGUUAUGCUCAGAAUGGUUUGAUUGAUCAAGCCCGUGAUAUUUUCGAUAAAAUGCCUGAGAAAAAUGUUGUUGCUUGGACAGCUAUGAUCAAGUCUUAUGUUGAGAAUGAUCUAAUUGAUGAGGCAUUUAAGCUCUUCCAUGAUAUGCCUCAGAGAAACUUGUUUACUUGGAAUAUUAUGAUUUCUGCUUGCCUAAAUGCUAACAGAGUAACUGAAGCUAUUCAGCUGUUUAAUUCCAUGCCUCAAAGGAACUCAAUUUCUUGGACAUGUAUGGUUUCAGGACUGGCACGAAAUGGGAUGAUAUACAGUGCAAGGGAAUACUUUGAUCAGAUGCCCAGCAGAGACAUAGCUGCAUGGAACGCAAUGAUCACAGCAUAUGCUGAUGAAGGCAACAUGGAUGAAGCUAGUGAGCUUUUUCAAUUGAUGCCUAGCAAGAAUGUUAUCACUUGGAAUGCCAUAAUAGAUGGAUAUUCGAGAAGUGGCCCUGAAGGUGAAGCAUUAAGGCACCUAAUCCUCAUGUUUCAUUUUGGCUUAAGACCUGAUGAGACCACCAUUACCAGUGUGUUGACCUCUUGUGAAGCAAUGCUCGAGCUUACACAAGUCCAUGCUCUCGUUAUUCCUCUUGGAUUUGAGGACAAUGCUUCUCUAGUAAAUGCUCUUAUUACGAAGUAUUCAAGAAUUGGAGAGCUGAACUCUGCCAGGCUUGCUUUUGAAAGUCUCAAGUCUAAGGAUCUUGUGUCAUGGACUUCCAUGAUAUUAGCAUAUUCAAAUCAUGGAUAUGGUCUGCACGCAUUGAAUGUCUUUGCACGGAUGCUAAGAUCAGGUGUCAAGCCAGAUGAGAUUACUUUUGUGGGAGUCUUGUCAGCUUGUAGUCACGCUGGUCUUGUUGAGAAGGGCCAAAGGCUUUUUGAUUCAAUGAGGCGCGCUUAUGGCUUAAAACCAUGGGCAGAGCAUUAUUCCUGUCUUGUUGACGUCUUUGGUCGAGCAGGACAAGUCGAGAAGGCCAUGCGUGUUGUCAGCAAAAUGCCCCUAUCUGAUCGUGAUGGUGCUGUACUUGGAGCUCUGCUAGGGGGAUAUGUUCUCCUGGCUAAUGUAUACGCCGCAUGCGAGAAAUGGGAUGAGUUUGCUCAAGUGAGGAAGAUGAUGAAAGAGAGGAACGUGAAGAAAGUACCCGGUUAUAGUCAGAUAGAAGUUAAAGGGAAGAAUCAUGUAUUCUUUGUAGGGGACAGAACUCAUCCACAAGUUCAGGAAGUUUAUGAAAUGUUGACCGAUACAUUACUGCCAUCAAUGCAAGAAAGGGGUUAAUCUAGGAAACUCAUAUCAUAUAUGCGUAGCAGCACGUAAGAGAUUAAAGAAAGUACCUAUUCAAAU